GCUCCCGGGAGAGCCCUGCGCCCCGAAACUCCCCCGGCCGGGGCCGUGGGGAGCGGAAUCCCUGGGGAACUUGGGGCUGGCUCUGGGCCGCCCCGCCCCUGCCACCACCGUCACCGCCCCGGCAGCAGCCACCCCGCUGUGUGGGACGGGCCUGUCACAGCACCCCGAUGGCCACCGAGGCUCUCGGCCGGUCGCCCGGCAAUGGCAGCGGGGCCCUGUGCCCCGUGGACACCGCCUUCGCCCAGCGCUUCUUGCCCACCGUCUACCUGGUGGUGAUCCCCCUGGGGCUGGUGGGGAACGGGCUGGGGCUGUGGCACCUCUGCACCGGGCCCCGGCGGGGCGCCCGCCAUCCCCUCAGCCUGCUGGUGGGCAACCUGGGCAUGGCCGACCUGCUGUACGUCAGCACCCUGCCCUUCCUCGUCAGCUACUACCUGCAGGACAGAGCCUGGGUCUUUGGGCACGUCUGGUGCCGCGUCACCCGGGCCCUCUUCCACCUCAACCUCUACGCCAGCAUCGGCUUCCUCACCUGCAUCAGCGUCCACCGCUACCUGGGAAUCGUGCACCCACUGAAGGUGCGGGGUCGGUACGAAGGGGCAACCUCUUCUGCCUGGCUCAUUGUGAUGGUCUGGCUGUGGGUCAUCGCGCAGGUGGCUCCCGAUUUCGCCUUCAGCAAGAUGGACAACACGGGGAGGCAGUGCCAUGACACGACAGGGAACGACGACCUGGACGCUUACUUGCCAUACAACUUAGCCAUCACCGCGAUUGGGUUCAUCAUCCCGUUCCUCAUCAUCAUCGGGUGCUACUGUCACGUGGUGGUGGUGCUCUGCAGGAACGACACUGUGGACCUCAGCCUCAGGAGAAGAAGCAUCAGACUGGUGAUUCUCGUGAUGGUCCUUUUCUCCAUCUGCUUCCUGCCCUACCACAUCUUCAGGAACCUCAACUUGUUGUCUCGAAAGUGGCAGCUGGAAGGAUCCUGCACACAGGCUUUAAAGAACAUCUACGUUUCCUACCAGGUGACCCGGGGGCUGGCCAGCUUCAACAGUGCCCUCAACCCCCUGAUCUACGUGAUGACCAGUGAAGAAUGCAUGACACGUAUGAGGACCAUCCACCAAAAAGCCAGCCGGUCCCUGGGGUUCACCUCCAGCAGGAAAACCUCCAGCCAGGUGGAUGAGAAGAAGAUAAACAUCAUUCUUUGUGAGGAGGAAGCUUCUGAUGAGCUCUGAGGUACCCAACACCCCCUCCAAAGGAUGGCACCACUUCAGUUUGUGCUUGGCCCCUUCUCGGGAGCAGCCCCCCCACCUUGAUGCCUGUUUUGCAGAGAGAUGGUGUUUGCAGCAUCACUGGCUCCAGUCUCACACAAGGGACAGGCAGGACUGCUGGCCUCAGAGAGCAAGCUGGGACCAGGUUUGAGAGCAAAGCCCAACCAUUUUGCCGAUAGUACGCUUGAAGACGGAAAGAGAUGAACAUCGCGUUUGCUCCAGUCCUGAAGUGUUUCUCAGUCCAGCCUCCAAUGCAGUGAUCCGAGCUGGUUAACAUCCCCCUGGCUCCCUGGAGGCCCAUUGAGCUCCUCAGUGAGUGAAGGAUGGGGACAAACAAUGCCUUGUCCCCCCACCGUGUCCCCUCUCCCCCAAUGGACGUGGGUUUGAGACAGGAUUCCAUGCUUCACUCAAGGAGAGGGCACCAGGAAUUAACCACCUGCAUUGCAGAACAGCUGAGAGGGUGAAUUUUUGCAGGGGGAAGUGCUCUGGAAAUGGAAAUAUUCAUAAAAAUAUCAGGUUUUGAAUAUAUGACUAAGCUGUGCCAGUUCCUGGGUUAGCUGUUCCUGGGUGAGUGAGCUGCUUCAGGAUCUGUGUUAUCCUCUGCUGCCCACAUCCUUCACAGAAGAAAAAAGUAUAUUGGCAUUACUCACUCUUUUUUGGAAGAGCACACAGCAGACAACAAAUUGGCAUUUUAAAGUUUCUGGAGGCUGUUGGUUGGAGGUUUUUUUUGCAAGGUGAAUGACAGCAGAACCACCACUUUCAGCAGGCAAAUCCCAGGAGAGUUUUGAAAUCUUCAGGUGGGUGGCUGCAGUUUACUCUUGCAUCCAGCCUCGCGAGGGGAUUAGACAGGUCUAUUAAAAAUUAGACAUGCAAAAAAAAGAGAGGCAACGCUGGUUUGCAGGGUUGUGGAGGCAAGAUUCAAUGGCAAGGGCAGUGCGUGUGGCAUCACCGGGGGGGAUCUCUGCUUCGGGGGGAGCAGAGGCUCCCGAGCAGCGUUUCGGUUUUUGCUCUUGGUGCUCACCACCACGAACAGCUUGAACAUUUCAGACCUUGUGAAAGGAGCAACGUGAUUUGCAGCAGCAGAUCUCGCAGCUCAGCUGAAUCAAGUGGACUGUGAGUUAAAAAUCAGCUGGGGAAGUGCUGACCCGCAGACGCUGCGCUCUUUGGACCAAAGCCCGACACUUAUCACGCUCAGCCACUCCUCGCACGGACCCAUCUUCGCUGCUGCGCAGAGGGAGCCACCGCUGGCUUUCAGAUGGAGUUAAUGGCUAAAGUGCAAA